AUGUCGACCUCGCAGGCUGAGCAUGCCCGGGUUCACCCGCGUCGGCGUCCCUUAAAGACAGCACCCCCCUCUCUUUCUUCUUCGACAUCGCUGGAAAGCUAUGUCGCAGACUCGUCGUCGCCGUCGCCAAACUUGAGUUUGAGGAAAGGAGAAACGUUCCAUUCGCCUUCCCCACCACCCACAGACGAUCUUGAUCCGGUGCUUAGCUUUAGGUCUCUGCCCCAGCGCUCACCUACAUGCCCCAGAAGCCUAGAGGCCAUCGCCGCCCGAGAGCAGCGCAUGGUCGACUACCUGAGCAAUCUUAACCUCAACUCCUUGGAACCGUCUUCUCCUCUUUCCGACAAGAACAACGGAGACGAUCUUCCUGUUCCUCGAGCCAUCCUUCAAGCCCACAUAGAUUCUCAGUCAAUGGCGGACCGAGUCAGCAAACCUGCUCAAUCCUCUCAGCUAGACGCUCCUUCCAAGGUACGCAAGAGCCAUUGCCAUGCCUCGGACAGUGGACUGGGCACUUCCCUCAGCAGUGAGAACAUGUCGGCCUCGGACAAAAGUAAAGUGAAAGCUGGGCAGUUAUCUUAUGAAUCUCAGUCGUCUGCCAAAGCUGCUACUCGAAUGACUCAAUCGGCCAUCACAAGCUCCAUCUCGGCGUUUGAUGCUAAGCAAUCUCAGAAGCGUCAACUGGGGUUGCCUGCAUGCAAGCAGAUUGAACGCCUCGUCAUCAAGCCCAUCCUCAAGGAAGAGAGAUUGAAGCCUUUCCAUCCCCUCGUUCAAAGUAUCCCUCAGCGAAUUGUAGAUAGAGAAAUCGGGUGUCUCCGUGACCUCGAAAAGACACUCUUGUGGUUGGCACCGAAUUACGCAGCUUCCAGAGCUUCGUACCUCCGUUUCUGCGAAUUUACGAUUCAGUGUCUUCAUACGUCGGUCUAUCAUCUCAACGAACGCGAUCAACGGCUGCCGGCAGACAGGCCUUACACUAACGGCUACUUCCUUGAUCUCGUCGCACAGAUUCGCCGAUAUGCAGCUAUGAUUAAUGAGUCCCGGAACAGCAUGCCUUCUAAUAAUGAACCAGCACAGGGCAGUGCAAAGGCUAGUGCUCCAAGUGAACGUGUUACCCUGGAGGGUGGAUUAUCCAAGAACGGACGGCCUGCUGAACUCGUGGUUCACAAGGACGGCGAGAUGAUCUCGCUGCGCACAGGCAAGCCCUACGAAGAGAAUGCCGUUCCUGCGAUGAAGCGUUCCCUCAGCCUUCGCUCCGUCGAUGAGGGCGUUGAGCGAUCCAUGGCUCGUCGCAAGAAGAAUGCACCUCCCAUGGACAUUAACCAGAAGUGCAAAGACUGUGACAAGGUCUUCAAAAGACCUUGUGAUCUAACGAAACAUGAGAAGACGCACUCUCGUCCAUGGAAGUGCUCCGAGCCUUCCUGCAAAUAUCACGAAAUUGGAUGGCCAACGGAGAAGGAGCGAGACCGCCACAUCAACGACAAGCAUUCCAGAGCCCCAGCUUUGUACAAGUGCAAAUUCGCGCCAUGUACCUACUCAUCAAAGAGAGAAAGUAACUGCAAGCAGCACAUGGAGAAGGCUCACGGCUGGGAUUACGUUCGCUCCAAGCAUAAUGGCAGGAGCAGCAAGAAGGGUCCCAACGGAACUACGCCCCAGACUCCUAGCAUUUCUACUCCUAGCUCGAAGGCUCAGGACAUUGCAACACCACUUACCGGUUCCGCACCCUCGCCCUUCGAACCCGUCACUGUUUAUCCUCAGAACCCGCCGUUCUCAUUUGCGGAUCCCCCUACCCAAACAGGUAGCGGCGACUUCCCACUUUUCACUGCGAAUAGCCCAUUCGAGGAUCUAGCCGCUGGGGUAAAUGGUUUCAGCCCGCUGCCAACCACUUCUUUGGACUUUCAAGCGUUUCAGUCCCAGCUCGAAGGGGCUGACCCUAAUGGCCUCAUUCCCCUGACUUUCGAUCGUCAAUCGUUCGACUCCGCGUCUCCAGUGCCGGACUUGAUCAAUGGAACCAUGGGAUUCGAUAUGUCGCCAGUGGCAUCCACCGAUAGCAGCAGCCUGAACUUCGACCUGGCAUGGAGCCAGCUCGACGCUCAAAAUGUCGAGGAAGAAUUCACAACUCUGACCAUGCAGAUGCUCACGCCAGAGCACUCGGUCCCGAUGAGUGCCUUGAACUCCUUUUCUCGGGACCCCUCCAUCUCGAAUCCCUCUCCUCUCCCGGUCCAGAAACAAGAGAAUCCCCUCUACACGCCCGACUCUUGCCACGUCGAUGAAGGCGUCUCGGAUCUUUUCGAUCCCAGCUACCAGAGCAAGGCGGAUUUUAUGCUCUUCGACCAGAAUGCCAAUUUUGGGGCUGGUUCUGUGGACAUGUCCGGUACAUGCCAUCUCUCGACGCUCCACAACGCGAAUCAAAUGUUCCCCUCUCUCAAUACCGAGGAUCUCAAUUAUAUGACUCAGGGGUGGCCCCAAGAUAUGGAGAUGGAACAUUUCUAA